UCAUCACUUUUCUGCCCAGUCCACAGAAAGACAUGGGAAAGACCAAAAACACAUCACUGGACAACAUGGUAACAGAAUUCAUUCUCCUGGGCUUGGCUCACCCACCAAAACUAAAAAUUCUCCUCUUCCUGGUCUUCCUCGUCAUCUACAUCCUCACUCAGUUGGGAAACCUGCUCAUUCUGCUCACCGUGUGGGCUGACCCCAAGCUCCAUGCCCGCCCCAUGUACAUCCUGCUCGGCGUGCUGUCCUUCCUGGACAUGUGGCUCUCCUCUGUCAUUGUUCCUCGGAUGAUUUUGGAUUUCACUCCUGCCAGCAAGGCUGUGCCAUUUGGGGGCUGUGUGGCUCAACUCUAUUUCUUUCAUUUCUUGGGAAGCACCCAGUGCUUCCUCUACACCUUGAUGGCCUAUGACAGGUACCUGGCCAUAUGCCAACCCCUGCGCUACCCUGUGCUCAUGAAUGGGAGGUUGUGCAGCAUCCUUGUGGCAGGAGCAUGGGUGGCUGGCUCCAUUCAUGGCUCAAUCCAAGCCACCCUGACCUUCCGCCUGCCAUAUUGUGGACCCAAUCAAAUAGACUAUUUUAUCUGUGACAUUCCUGCUGUGUUGAGACUAGCCUGUGCUGACACAACUGUCAAUGAGCUGGUGACUUUUGUGGACAUUGGAGUGGUGGCUGCCAGUUGCUUCAUGCUCAUUCUGCUCUCCUAUGCCAACAUAGUCCAUGCCAUCCUGAAGAUACGCACUGCUGAUGGGAGGCGCCGAGCCUUCUCCACCUGUGGCUCCCACCUCACUGUGGUCACAGUCUAUUAUGUACCCUGUAUCUUCAUCUAUCUCAGAGCUGGUUCCAAGAGUCCACUGGAUGGGGCAGUGGCUGUGUUUUACACGGUUGUCACUCCCUUACUGAACCCCCUCAUCUAUACCCUGAGAAACCAGGAUGUGAAGUCUGCUCUGAGGAGGAUGGCAGCAGGUAGAGGAACUGUGAAUGAGAAGUAAC